AGUGCGCUGCGGGCUGCCCUAAUCUGCACUCAGCACCGCGGCCACAGACAACACUCCGCCAUGCACCCUGUCCAAAGUUGCCUCCCGCGGGCAUCGAACCUCAGCGGACACCGUAGAAUAUAGGAAAGUUUUUUUUAUUUAAUUUUUUUUUUACGAUUUAUACGGACUUGAAUCAAUAUAUAAUGUUAUUGAUCGCCAAUAUUUUCCCGCAAAACAGCUGAACGUUGCAUUGUCAAGUGGUCUUUUUUUAAUUUUUUAUUAUUAUUAUUAAUUUCUUGUAUUUUUUUUUUUACUUUCAAGUUUGGAUGUGUUAGUGGGAGCAACGAGGCGCGUGCACCACACGACUAAGCUGUCGGGAGCGCGCACAGGCUGGACUAAGUGAGGAUGGAGAUCCGGCCGGACAGGUUUAAGGCUGUGGCUGCAUCCACGCUGGGCAAAAUAUAUGGCGCUCUAGAGAAGAAGCAGGAAAAUGGCGAGACCAUCGAGCUGUCAGCCGAGGGUCGGCCGGAGAUGGUGGAAGAGAAGGAGUUGCCUGUGGUGGACUGCACGUGCUGCGGCCUGCCCCGCCGCUACAUCAUCGCCAUCCUUUCCGGCAUCGGCUUCUGCAUCUCAUUCGGCAUCAGGUGCAACCUGGGCGUGGCCAUCGUCAGCAUGGUCAACAGCCACACCGUCUACAGGGACGACAAGGAGGUCAUAGUGAAAGCUCAGUUCGACUGGGAUCCAGAAACGGUGGGCAUGAUCCAUGGCUCCUUCUUCUGGGGAUACAUAGUCACACAAAUUCCAGGAGGGUUCAUCUGUCAGAAGUUUGCUGCCAACAGAGUGUUUGGCUUUGCUAUCGUGGCCACUUCUUUCCUCAACAUGCUCAUCCCGUCUGCAGCUCGCAUGCACUUUGGUUGUGUCAUCAUUGUCAGGGUGUGUCAAGGCCUUGUGGAGGGGGUGUCAUACCCGGCAUGUCAUGGGAUUUGGGCCAAAUGGGCGCCUCCGCUUGAAAGAAGUCGCCUGGCUACGACAGCCUUUUGUGGUUCUUAUGCCGGCGCUGUGAUCGCCAUGCCAUUAGCGGGAAUCCUGGUCCAGUAUUCGGGAUGGUCGUCAGUCUUCUAUGUCUACGGAAGUUUUGGCAUCUUGUGGUACUGCUUCUGGAUCAUGGUGUCUUACGAGAGCCCCGCCGCCCAUCCCACCAUCACCGAGGAGGAGAGGAAAUACAUCGAGGAGAGCAUUGGCGAAUCGGCUCAAUUUACAGUGACGAAAUUCAACACACCAUGGAGGGCCUUCUUCACGUCCAUGCCAGUCUACGCCAUUAUUGUGGCCAACUUCUGCAGGAGCUGGACCUUCUACUUGCUCCUCAUCAGCCAACCCGCCUACUUUGAGGAGGUGUUUGGCUUUGAGAUCAGCAAGGUGGGAAUAGUGUCGGCUCUUCCCCACCUGGUCAUGACCAUUAUUGUGCCAAUUGGAGGACAGCUUGCUGACUACCUGCGCUCCAACAACAUCAUGACCACCACCAACGUCAGGAAAAUUAUGAACUGUGGAGGCUUUGGCAUGGAGGCCACUCUGCUUCUGGUGGUGGGCUUCUCACACACAAAGGGGGUCGCUAUCAGCUUCUUGGUUCUCGCUGUGGGGUUUUCCGGCUUUGCAAUCUCAGGUUUCAAUGUCAACCACUUGGACAUUGCACCACGUUAUGCCAGCAUCCUCAUGGGCAUAUCCAAUGGGGUGGGCACACUGUCGGGCAUGGUUUGCCCGCUUAUAGUUGGUGCUAUGACAAAACAUAAGACACGCGAAGAAUGGCAAGGUGUGUUUCUCAUCGCUGCGCUCGUACAUUAUGGAGGUGUCAUUUUCUAUGGCCUCUUUGCAUCCGGGGAGCAACAAGCGUGGGCUGAGCCGGAGCAGCUGAGCGACGAGAAAUGCGGCAUCUUGGAUGAGGAUGAGCUGGCCAAUGAGACGGAGGAGCUGUACCGCACCAGCGGCGGCGGUGGCUACGGCGCCACAAACCAGGCGACAGACCCCAACGGGGGCGCGGGAGGAGGCUGGGUCUCGGACUGGGACAAAACGGAGGAAUACGUGCAGCCCGCCGGCAGCAACAAUUACUAUUAUGGCGGCGGCGAGGAAGAGUUGACAUAAGAAGGCGCCAGACUGGGAACGUUUACAGCAACUGGAGCAGCUUCACUUGGUGGCAGGAGAAACUUUGAACAUGGUUUGGAUUUGACAUGGAACCAAGUCUGCCUGCAUUAUUAUUAUGAUUAUUAAUACUAUCUUUGAGAGAGACUGCACAGUGGACAUUAGUGAUUGUGUGUUUGUGCGUGGUUGAAUUGUGUGUGUCUUUGGACAGCCUAUUGGUGAGGCCGGCAGCACUUCUUUACUCUUAUUUGCUUUAGGCAUUUCUUAUUGAAAUCACUGGAUUUGGAAAUUAUUUGUAUUCCACUAAUACACAAACUUCAAAAUGUGUCAACGAAAUGAUUUCUCCUUUAUGUCAGCACAUUUUGUGCCAAUUUCACUAUCAUUUCUCAUCAUUUGCUGCGCCAAACUCCCUAACGAAAUGUCUCAGUAAGUUUGGUUCUGUGGUUAUCAUCACACUUCCCCUCUUUGUCAUCAUUGGUGGAAAAAUUCAAAGAAAAAGCAAAAGUUUGUCUUUUAUGCAUGAUACUCCAAGUUUUGUUAGAAUUAUUUUUUUUUUUUUUUUUUUUUUCACCCAGGAAAUUUUGGAUUCAAUUCCAAAAUGGUCCCACAUUUGGACGUUAUUUUGGCUUUUUAAAUGAAAGCGUGGACAAAAAAAACUUUAGGGUAGCUGUACUUUAAUGUAUUUAAAUCCAACAUAUAACACUAUAGUGGGUAUUAUGUCAAUUCCAGUAUUCAAUAUUAUUAUUUUCACAAUUUUACUGUUUGAUUUUAUUUGUUCUGUAUUGUGAGCUACAAAUAUAAAUUCACAUGUUUAAUAAAUUCUAGAAGUGA